ACGACCGACCUCCCUUCCCCGCGGCCGUUCAGCUUCCUUUUCCGACCUGCCCAUCGUCCGCCACCGCGCCGCCCAGCCUCCGUCGCCAGCCCACUGGACUUCGCAGACGCCGAACCGACGUCGAUGCCGUCUCCAUCUCCCUUCCUUCGCCACCUCUCCUCCCGAAAUGUUUUGGAGAGGUAGACAUUGAUGUUUCGUUAGUUGCUUCGAGAAAUACUGGGGCAAAUCAGAAGAUAUUGUCAUGCUGAAUAACAGUUGCCUUUGAUAGGUGAUGUUGCGAGGAUGAUCAGAUUAACAAUGCUGAAUCAAUGACAAGUAACUCUUCUUAGAGAGCACAAACAGAAGCCUUGAUUCAUUUUGAUUUUCGUUUCAUCAAUAUUUUCCGCAACAGAGGCACAACAAAAUGAUUCUCAGGAGGAAAUUCUGCAGUUUUCACAGAAACCCCAAAAACCCCUUUAAUCGUCUCCCAUACGAGAACCCCAGUUAUUAUAACCAUGAUCUCUACACUAGCGGAAGAAGGUUCAGCUUCUUGAGCUCUAUAAUGGUUCCCAAGUUGUUUAAUUUUUCUGAAAAACCCAAUAAUUAUGUUAUGUUUGUUAAGAAUUCUAGUGUGUUGGACUAUAAUUUCCUUAGGAAUUACUGUUCUGUUGUUGAGAGUGGUGAUGUGAAGAAGUCAAGAGAGUGGACUGAGGAGGAUAUUGAGUAUUUAGAUGAAUUGGGAAGUGUUAUCUACACUGGGAAAGGUGUGAGGUCGGUUGAGCCUGGGGUUGACGACCAUAUCAUGGUAGGCGGGCUGAAAAAACCGAUUUUGAAUCCCUCGGCGGUUGCCAAGAUUGUUGAGGUUGUGAACAGGUGGAAAUGGGGGCCUGAAUUGGACACACAAUUGGACAAACUCCAAUUCGUACCGAAUAUGACCCAUGUCGCGCAAGCAUUGAAGGUUAUCAAGGAUGGCGAUGCGGCGUUGAGCUUGUUUCGAUGGUCGAAGAGGCAACAGUGGUAUUUGCCGAGUGAUGAGUGUUUCACUACAUUGUUUGAUAGUUUGAACCAGAGUAAGAAUUUCGAUGAGAUCCAGUUGUUGUUUGAGGAAAUGGUAAGGGAUUCGAGUAGUAAUGGAAGUUUAUCGUUUGGUGCUUGUAAUCGAGUCAUUCAGUAUUUAGCCAAGGCGGAGAAAUUGGAGGUCUCGUUUUGUUGUUUCAAGAAGAUUCAGGAGUCAGGUAAUAAAAUUGACACUGAUACAUAUAAUUCUAUCAUGAAAUUAUUUCUAAACAAGGGUUUGCCUUAUAAGGCAUUUGAGAUUUACGAGAGCAUGGAAGCUGCAAAUUGUUCGUUGGAUGCUUCGACUUAUGAGUUGAUGAUAUCUAGCUUGGCAAAAUCGGGCCGCCUUGAUGCUGCAGUGAAGCUCUUCCAAGAAAUGAAACAGAGGAAUGUUAGGCCCGGAUUUAGCGUCUACUCAUCGCUUGUUGAUUCGAUGGGAAAGGCUGGGAGAUUGGACACAUCUAUGAAGCUGUACAUGGAGAUGCAGGGCUAUGGGUUGAGGCCGCCUGUGAUAAUGUACGUUUCUCUAAUCGAGUCACAUGCGAAGGCUGGGAAAUUGGAUACUUCUUUACGGCUGUGGGAUGAGAUGAAAAAAGCAGGGUUCAGGCCUAACUUUGGGCUGUACACAUUGGUUGUUGAGUCACAUGCGAAAUCUGGUAAACUUGACAUUUCAUUAUCCCUCUUCACGGAGAUGGAGAAGGCUGGUUUUCUGCCCACCCCAUCCACAUACACUUGUCUCUUGGAAAUGCACGCUGCCUCGGGACAAGUAGACGCUGCCAUGAAGCUGUAUAACUCGAUGACAGAUGCAGGUUUGAGACCAGGUCUUAGUACCUAUACUUCUCUUUUAACUCUGCUAGCUAAUAAGAAACUCCUUGAUGUGGCUGCCAAAAUUUUACUCGAAAUGAAGACCAUGGGAUAUUCUGUUGAUGUGAGCGCGAGUGAUGUUUUAAUGGUGUAUAUCAAGGAUGGUUCCGUUGAUCUUGCUUUAAGAUGGCUCCGUUUUAUGGGUUCAUCGGGGAUCAGAACGAAUAAUUUUAUAAUCAGGCAGUUAUUCGAGUCGUGUAUGAAGAACGGUUUGUAUGAGCAGGCCAAGCCUCUGCUUGAAACCUACGUGAACUCUGCUGCAAAAGUUGAUCUCAUACUUUACACAUCUAUUCUAGCACAUCUUGUGAGAUGUCAAGAAGAGCAGAAUGAGAGGCAUUUGAUGUCGAUACUUGGCGCCACUAAACACAAGGCGCAUGCUUUUAUGUGUGGACUGUUCACCGGCCCGGAACAGAGAAAACAACCGGUCCUAUCUUUCGUGAGAGAAUUCUUUCAGGGCAUCGAUUACGAGUUGGAAGAGGGGGCUGCAAGGUUUUUCGUUAAUGUUCUCCUCAACUAUCUUGUUCUUAUGGGGCAGAUAAACCGAGCACGAUGUGUUUGGAAGGUCGCCUACGAGAAUAAGCUUUUCCCUAAGGCAAUAGUUUUUGAUCAGCAAAUUGCUUGGUCCCUUGACGUGAGGAACUUGUCAGUAGGAGCUGCUCUUAUAGCUGUUGUGCAUACGCUCCACAGGUUCAGAAAGCGGAUGUUGUAUUAUGGCAUUGUCCCUCGACGCAUUAAAUUGGUUACCGGGCCUACUUUAAAGAUCGUGGUAGCCCAAAUGCUGAGCUCGGUGGAUUCUCCGUUCGAGGUUAGUAAAGUGGUACUAAGGGCUCCGGGCGACUCUGUAAUGGAAUGGUUUAAGAAACCAAUUGUGCAACAGUUUCUUUUGAACGAGAUUCCAUCGAAAGCCGAAGUCCUCAUGCACAAGUUGAACAUUCUUUUCCCUAGUUCCGCUCCCGAAGUAAGAUCUUUGUCCCCUCCCAAACCUCUCAUUGGAGGGAGGGCAAUGUAACGAUUGAGAAUAGCUGAAGCUUAUAUCAAAUUAAACCUCUUUGUGAAAUGGAAUUUAAACCUCUUUGUUUGUGAAAUGGAAUGUUUUAAGUUAAUUAUUUCUUUAGAUGCAUUAGUCCUUUAUUUCUCGUGCUUGUGUUGUGAUU